AUGACUUCCUACAGCUAUCGCCAGUCGUCGGCCACCUCGUCCUUCGGAGGCCUGGGCUGCGGCUCCGGGCGCUUUGGCUCGGGCGGCCCCUUCCGUGCGCCCAGCAUCCACGGGGGCUCGGGCGGCCGCGGCGUGUCCGUGUCGUGCGCUCGCUUCGUGUCCUCGUCCUCUGGGAGCUGCGGCGGCGGCUAUGGGGGCUCCCUGGGCGGGUCCGAGUGGCUGCUGGCGGGCAACGAGAAGUUCACCAUGCAGAACCUCAACGACCGCCUGGCCUGCUACCUGGCCAAGGUGCGCGCCCUGGAGAAGGCCAACCGCGAGCUGGAGGCGAAGAUCCGCGAGUGGUACCAGAAGCAAGGCCCCGGGCCCAGCCGCGACUACAGUUGCUACUACGAUACCAUCAAUGAUCUGCGGAAAAAGAUUCUUGCUGCCACCAUUGAGAACUCCAAGAUUGUCCUACAGAUCGACAAUGCCCGUCUGGCUGCAGAUGACUUCCGGACCAAGUUUGAGACGGAGCGGGCCCUGCACCUGAGCGUGGAGGCCGACAUCAACGGCCUGCGCAGGGUGCUGGAUGAGCUGACCCUGGCCAGGACCGACCUGGAGUUGCAGAUCGAAGGCCUGAAGGAGGAGCUGGCCUACCUGAAGAAGAACCAUGAGGAGGAAGUCUGUGUCCUGAGGGGCCGUUUGGGUGGCCAGAUCAAUGUGGAGGUGGACUGUGCUCCAGGCAUCGACCUAGCCAAGAUCCUGAGCGACAUGAGAAACCAAUAUGAGGCCCUGGCCGAGAAGAACCGGAAGGAUGCUGAAGCCUGGUUUAUCUGCCGGACCGAGGAGCUGAACCGGGAGGUUGCUUGCAACAAAGAGCAGCUCCAGAUCAGCAAGACGGAGGUGACUGAACUGCGACGUACCCUUCAGGGUCUGGAGAUUGAGCUACAGUCGCAGCUGAGCAUGAAAGCCGCCCUGGAAUGCACGCUGGCGGACACGGAGGCCCGCUUCGGGGCCCAGCUGGCGCAGAUCCAGGCGCUGAUCAGCAGUAUCGAGGCCCAACUGUGCGAUGUGCGUGCUGACACCGAGCGGCACAAUCAGGAGUACCAGCAGCUCAUGGGCAUCAAGUUACGGCUGGAGCAGGAGAUCGCCACCUACCGCAGCCUGCUCGAGGGCCAGGAUAUCCCCUGCAAGGACGCAUGCGUUGUCAAGGCCCUCUGAGUCCUGGGCUUCCUGCCCUCCUGCAGAGGGAUCCCUCUGGGCAGGGGUAUAGAAGGGGAGGGACUCUUAACUCUGUUUCUCCCCCAGAACUGCCAAUAAAACUU